CCCCCCAGGCUGUAGACUAGGUUAUAAACUAGCUGAGAACAGCAGGCGGUUCACCGUGGAUGCGAUGCGGGACUUCGAGGUGGAAGGUGGUCGGUAAAACACGUUUUGUGCAGACGCAAAGAGAGAGAGAGAGAGAGGGAGAAAGAGAGAGAGUUCAAAAGUUUGAAUGUGACGCCCUGAGCCGCCGAUUAUGAAGCGGAACAAGCAGAUCGACAUCAAGCGCACCCUAGCUGUGGCCGGGACCUUCAACUUCCUGUGCUGCUGCGCUCGCGGCUGCCUGCUCCCCUUCCUCACGCUGUACUUCCGCCAGCUGGGUCUGACCCCAGCGAUGACGGGCGUCGUCAUGGGCACCAAGCACCUCAUCUCGCUGGUCUGGAGCCCCGCGGCGAGCCUGCUCUCCAAACACUACAACAAGAGGCGCGUGGUGAUAAUCGGCUCCCUGGUGUGUUCGGCGGCAGCGGCCGUGGCUCUGCUGCUCGUCCCGCCCGCCCACGUUGGCACGCGGCCCGCCGGCUGUAACGCGUCUGAUCUGAGCAGCGGCGCAACCCAAAGUCUGGGCGCUCACCUGCUCAGGAGCAGCGUUGCACCAGCGACAUCGACUAGUACUCGCCCUGAAAACGACACGGCUCCCGGUUCCACGCCUGACGCUGAAUCUGGUCCCGUUCCGAUGAGUGAAACGGCACCAAGUCGGCAUCAUGACGACGAUGCAUCCCAUCCUCCGCUGUUACAGAAGAACGCGUCCGCGGUGGCUAACGACAGCGCCGGGGAUCCAAACCUUGCGCCCCGUACCAUCAGCUCUUCCGCAGCUGCAGUGAGGAAUAAAAGGUCCAGCUUUAGCUUCUUCUCAGGGUCCGGAGAAAAGCCGGAAGAGACUAAGGAAAGCCGUUUGGGUUUUCUGGGCAGCCUAAAAGUGAUGGACCCUCAACACCAGCUCUUCUUUUUGACGCUCCUCAUCGUGUCGGUGUGGGAGUGUGCGUCGGCGCCUCUGGAGUGGACGGCGGACGACGGCCUCUACGAGUAUCUGGACCUGGCGUAUGCCGCGGAGCGCUACAGCAGCACCCGGGUGUGGGGUUUACUCGGCUCGGCGUGUGGAGUUGGAGGAGCGGGUUUGCUGGUGAGCCGGCUACGCUGUCUGGUGGCGUAUCAGACGCCUGGGAGCGCCGUGCAUUUCCUCUGCUACGCUGCCCUGGCGGUCCUGGCUUUGCCCGCCGCCGCCUGCCUCCCUCUGUACCUGAACAAGAAGCGCGACCGGGCCACCGGGCUUUUCAAAGCCGUGCAGCUGGUGCGCGGCUCACCCCUCGCCGCGCUCUGCGCCGCCACCACGCUGCUGGUGGGAGCGGCGGCCUCGGCCGUGGAUAACUUCCUGCUGUGGCAGAUGCAGGAACACGGGAGCAGUGAGCUGCACAUGGGGCUGUCUCUGGCCCUCGCCGGGCUCUCGCAGGCCGCCUUCCCGCUGCUCGCCCGCCGCCUCUCGAAGCUCCUCAGCCCGGGGCGGGUGCUCGUCGUCGGGGCUGCAAGUCUCGGGCUGCAGUGCUUCUACUACUCCUUCCUGUGGGCGCCGUGGGCCGCGCUGCCCGCCCAGGUGUUGAGCUGUUUCAGCGGCGGCGCCUUCUGGUGGGCCGUUAAGAUCCAGUGUGCUGAAAUCGCCACGCCGGGGACCGAGAGGAGCGUGAGCCGGGUCUACGGCGCGCUUUCGCUCCACCUGGGGAGCGGGCUCGGCAGCUUUGCCGGGGGCUUCGUGGUGCAGCAGUUCGGGCUGACCUGGCUGUUCAGAGGCGCGGCGGUGGGCGUGAUGGCGUGGUGCGUGUGUCUGCCGCUGCUCCAGUGGAAAGCCCCACGCCAGCGCCGGAUUAACUAUUCUCGCCUGCUGGCGGCCGGGGCGAGUGAAGCCAGCGACUCUGACUCUGAGCAGGAGAGGGACUGGCUCGAAAAAGCAAUGGAGGACGACCGAAGCAAUAACAACUACGGACGGAGGAUAGAGCACUGAAACCACAGCGGGAGAGGACACAGAGACACUUUAAAGACUGCGGUGGAUAAAAGGCAUUUAUCUUCACAAAACCAAAUCAUUUCUAUCAGUAUGAAAAUUAUACUUUUUCCCUCCAGGGCCGUUACAGACAUGUCUUUCUUUAACGUGAUGUAGCGCAGCUCAAAGCCGGGUAGUUGAUGUCCUACUUCGACAGCUUUAAUUCAAAUUAAAGUGCUGCAAAAAACGAUUAUUUUCAUUGUUGAUUAAUCGAUUAGUUUCCAAUCUAUAACAUUUUCAGAAAAUGUUGUUUCCCAAAGCCCAAGAUGAUCCUCAAGUCUUCAGUUUACUGUCACAGAGGAGUGAAGAAACAA